AGGCUCAGAACAUUAUUUGUAGCUGGUGAGCACUGUGAUGUGGACACGCUAAAAUGGUCAAAAGAAGUUUUCAAGGUACCUGUCUUGGACCACUGGUGGCAAACUGAAUCUGGUUCUGCAAUUACUGCUUCCUGUAUUGGUUUGGGAAACUCUACAACACCUCCACCUGGACAGGCAGGAAAACCCGUGCCAGGAUAUAAUGUGAUGAUUCUGGAUGAAAAUAAGGAACCAGUGAAGACCAAGACUUUGGGAAAUAUUGUGGUAAAGUUGCCUUUGCCUCCUGGAGCAUUCUCAGGUCUUUGGGAAAAUGAAGAAACAUUCCAGAAGUUAUAUUUCCAAAAGUUUCCCGGAUAUUAUGAUACUAUGGAUGCUGGCUAUAUGGAUGAAGAUGGCUAUUUAUAUGUCCUGUCUCGAGCUGAUGAUGUGAUCAAUGUUGCUGGACACAGAAUUUCAGCAGGUGCGAUUGAAGAGUGUAUUCUCUUCCAUCCUGCUGUGGCAGACUGUGCUGUUGUAGGCCAGGAGGAUCCUUUAAAAGGACAUGUUCCAUUUGCGCUGUGUGUACUGAGACAAGGUAUAAAGACAGAAGAGGAUAAGAUUUUGAAUGAAAUUGUUGAGCAAGUUCGAACUAACAUUGGCCCUGUAGCAGCUUUCCAGAAGGGGAUGUUUGUGAAACAGCUACCAAAAACACGCUCUGGCAAGAUACCACGUUCAGCUCUUUCUGCACUUGUCAGUGGAAAGCCAUACAAGAUAACACCAACCAUUGAAGAUGCUAGUGUGUUUAAACACAUUGAAGAACUGCUCAAGAAAAAAUAAAUGGGUUAAUACAUCAAUAACAAACAUUUCAGUUACAGAAGUAUACAAAGACACUUUCUGUUAAGAUUACCAUAUUUUAAAAACUAGUCGUGAUUUGGGACAAAAUGUUUUCACUGCAGAAACACUACUGUGUUCUUUACCAUCUUGUCACAGCCAGUGACACGUAGUAAAGUCUCUGCAUGUUGUGAAUAUAUGCUGGUUAUGAAGAUGGCUGAAAAUUGCACACAGAAUUCAUACAUUUCUAUAGUCUUAAGGGGAGAAGUCAUGGGAAUAUUAUAUAUAUAUUUAUAUGAUGUCAUGUAACCUUUCAAUCCGUUUUUGUGUAAUGUGACCAGUAACUUGAGUUUGGCUACAACAGCUUACAAAAAGCAAGUCAUGAACUGAGGACAGCAGUAAAUAGGAAUUCUAUAGUGAAAAUUGUUGAAGACAUAAAUUGCUCUCACUUGUAAAUUAGAAACCUUUAUGUUUUAUAAAUUUUUCUAAAAUUAGGAAUUUAAAAAUUAA